UUUGUUUUCGUUUUGUGUGUUUGCUUUGCUUUUGCCAGGCGUAUACUCUGGUUUUUAGUUCAGUUUUGACGUAUUUAUCGCAGAACAACGUUUGUUUGCACGGAAAAAUCGCGUAAAGUUUAACAAAAAACAAAAGUGACGUUGAAUAGUAUAUACAAUAUUAUAUAUACAUACACAUUCAUACAUAUUAUAAUAAUAAAAUAAAAAAGUAUUAAACAAAUUAGUGCAUAUUAAUAAAAUAAAGAAAGAAAAAUAGAAAUUUAAUACUAAAGUAUUAAUUAAACCUACUACGUAUAUUUAUAAAAUAUAAUUGUGUUAAUAUAUUGCAAAAGUAUACAAUUUAAAUUAUUAAAUUUUAAUGUACAUAAGAAAUUUUUAAAGAAUUUCAUGUGGAAACCAGACCCCAGACAGGAAGAAAACAAAAGGAAAAAAUUGUGAAUCUAUAUAUUUUUUUCUUAUACAUAAUUGUGGAUACCAUAUAUACACACACAAACAUACAUACAUAAAACAAGUGAAUAGAGGAAUAAAGGAAAUUGGAGAAGUACAAAAACAAAAAGGGUUUUAAUAUUUUGCUUCUCAAGUAUUCAUUACGGAAAAAUUAAAAACAUUUUUUAUUGUUUUUUUUUCUUAAAAAAUUAUUAUAUGUUUUUAAACGCAGCUAAAUUAAUAUUUGUAAACUAAUUUGAAUUGUAAAUUGUGGAAAUUUAUUUAAAAAUUAAUUAUAUAUAUAGAAAGAAGAGAUUGAAUAUUAAACAAAGCAGGAAAAACGCAUAAUAGAAGCGAAAAAAUAAAUAAAAAAAAACAUUGAACUUUUUUACCGGGACAUGUCAUGUCAGCAAGCAUCAAGAUUUAUAACAAACAGCAGCAACAUUAACAACAACAGCAAAAACAACCAUAACAACAGCAAUUGUAAAAAUUUAAAUAACAUCAGCAACAGCCACAACCACAACAACAACAUCAUUAUUAAAGGAAACCGUAACAAACGUGGAGUAGUGGUUCAACAAGAAGAUCCGUAUGUGUUCACAGAAUCAGUGCCAACAACACCACCCAUAUUAUUUAAUACACAGAAAACGCGUACCAGAUUAAAUGAUCUGACUACAGCAACAACAUUAAGUAUUGGAAAAUUGCAACAACAGCAACAACAAAAAUUACCUUUAACAGAAACAAAUGGAAAGAUAACAUCAAAUACACUAAAGACGCAGGCGUCUUUUUUAUCAUCGUCGUCAUCAUCAACAUCAUCAUCAACCACAUUAACAACAAUAAAUACUUGCACAGCACCCACAUCUAAAACUAAUGUAAUACAAUCUCUAACAGUAACAACUGCAACAGCAAAUAACAAUUGUAAUAGUAAAAAACUAACUAAUGUUUGUAUUGUGAGACCACAAUUGCAACAACAACAGCCACAUUACCAUCAUCUACAUCAACAACAUCAAAACUAUGUUAAUUCAUCAACUGUGUAUGAGGGAGAUUUAAAAUCAACAUCACCACCACCGUUGUAUACUCCGCCAACACCGUCAUUAUGGCAAACACCAUUGCUUUUGGAAACAACGACGGCAUCCACGGCUCCACAAGUGACCAAUGUGGUGUUGUCACCAAAAGCCACAACAACAACAACGACAUCUCAAACUACACCCAUCAUCAUGGGUUGUGUAACGCCAACAGUACAAACUGUUGGCAGCACUACAACUACCAUGAAUCCCUCCUCGCUGACUACAACUGCCAUGGCUAAAGUAGCUCCUAUUAUCGUACAUACUCCGUUAGCACCGCCACCUCCUCCAACUCCUGCUCAAUCAGCAACCCAAUGUCUGCCUCCAUCGAAAUUUCAUAAUCACACAUUGGCACAGCAUUUACACAAGGUGGAGUGUUUAAAAAAGUCGAAAAAAUCCGCAGAGGCCGAAACGAUACUUUGCAAUGACAAUGUCAAAUCAAUUACUUCACCUUUGAAAGCCACUUCACCCUUAACAUCCACAUCAACGGCAGCUCCUUUAAAACCGGUGGACAAUGCAAGUGGUGGUCCAGUUAAACAUUCCGAAACUGAAGAUUUAAAUGAAAUACCGGUGAAUGUCAUAUUUCGUAUGGCCAUGGUGCCGCAACAGAAUGAGAAAUCUUCGAAUAAUAUACAAUUUGUGAAACCUCAAACUGAAAUUGAUGCACAGCCACCAACAACAGCACCACCCUCAUCACUAUCCACACAACUCAAAACAAAUGUGAACAAGAAAUUGUCAAUACCCGCCUCGAAAACAAUCGCAACAAACCAACUUAUAAAACAACAACAGAUCAAUACGUCUUCCAUACAACAUGAUACAACAAAUGCGACAACAACUACAGCUUUAUACUCUCAACAACAUCAAACGCCAAACGAUUUCGAUGCUGAUGAUAAUAAAAUAUCAACAAAUUCAGAAACUUUAACGAAAAUCAACGUCAACGACGAUGACCCAACUACAACAAUUGUAAAAAAUUUAAAAACAAAAACAAAUUCAACGCACAUUACAACUAAAACCCGCAAAAUAAAUUCAUCCAACACAACAAAUCUCAAUUAUGAUUUACCACCCUACAAUUGGCAAAUGGGUUGCAGCACAACCAAAGGUGCCGUGGCCAUAGUUAAAAUGUCCCAACAUCAUGUAGAUUUGGAUACGACACACUUAGCAACCGCCACUGGCUUACCCUAUUGUCUGCAACAAUAUUGGCUUAACACGUAUGAUUUUCGUAAAUCUUCUGAAUUCCUGUUGAUGGACAAGUCGAUAAAUCGUUCAUUGGCCCGAGAAGAGCGCAUUGCUGUGUACAAACAACAGCUGCGCCGACAAGCAAUGCAACUACUCUCCACAAGAUCUCUGCAAAAAUUACCCAAACUAGUUGCUAGACGACGUCUGUUGUGCGUCGAUCGUCUGUUGAGAAAAUAUCAACAGAGUGAACAAAAUAAAAAAGAACUACCCGCCAAUGUUAAACGCUGUUGCGUAAAUGGUUGUGAUGCCUAUACCCUGGAAAUGGCCUCACACUGCCAACAACAUAUCGUUUAUAACUCAGCCCAACAAGUCUUCUUGCCCUGUACCGCCAAAUUUGCCGACAAUACACAAUGUAGAGUACCAGUAUUUGAUAUAACCCAUGAUUUGCCCUUGUGUAUGGAACAUGCACGCAAACGUGAUGCUUACAAUCGUCUUUUGUACGAGCAAAGACCACGUAAAAUCUCCACAAAUCCCAUUAUAAUGAAUGAGUCAAUAAUAUCAACGUCAAAACUAUCAGCCAACAACACUAUUAACACAGAUGUUGUAGCAACAACUGCGGCAACGGGAGGUGUUGUAGUUAAAACACAAAAUUAUCAACAUAAGCAGAAGCAGCAGCAACAACAACAUGUAUUACAACAAUUACCAGCAAACCAACACAGUAAUGGUAAUGGUAAUAAACGACCAACAUUAGUAAAUCAACAGGCACGUAAACGUAAAAUGACUGUUGGUUUUACGGGCAAUCCAGUGGGUAGACCACAAAAACGUGUUAAGAAAACUGUAGAAAAAUCGGUUACAACAACGGCGGCAGCAGUAACAAAUCAUCAAAUGCCACGUUUAGUAUCGACUAGUUUGAAACGUAAAAGUAGUACGACAUCUUUAGAAUCUAUAGCCAGCAAUUCACAACAUUCAACAACAUCCAGUACCUCGCAACAACAACAACAAUAUCAACGCCAACAACCACAACAUCAGCUGCAACAGCAGCACUUGUAUGGCGUAACCUCAUCUAUAGCAAAUGCUAACACAACAUCAUCUUUACCACCACCAGCUUUAGCACCUCUUAGCGGUAUGGUGGGUCAUGGUUUACCCCAACAUUUGUUUAGUUUUGGUCAUGAUAAUCACCAACAGCCCCAGCACUAUCAUCAUUCUCAUCACCAGCAGCCGCAAAAUCUUCAUGCCCGUAAUAUUAACGAUAAACAUUCCUUCUCCACCACCUUCACGAAUACGGCUACGCCUGCGACAACAGCCUCCACACCAACCGAACUUAGAGAUUUCAUUUCACAGUUCUCCUUUGCUGCGCAAAAACAUGCUCAAGCCGAAACUACUACGGCCGAUAUUAAUUUGCUAAACACCAACUCCAAUUCAAAUUUCACCUCUUCGGGUAUGGGUUCGACCACUUCGCUGCCUACGGCCGAUGAUUUUCUUACUCAGGAUAUGUUGAGUAUAUGUGAAAAUAGUUCGGCCAGUUCGGCGGAUACUGGUUUGGGUGGUUUAAGUGAUCCCGAAUUAAUGUUGGGCGGUCCAGAAGAUGAUAUACCAUUGGGUGAUACCCACUUACUGGAAGAACAUGAUUUGGAGAAUGUUUUAAAUUCCCUGCCAGAAGAUGCAUUUAAAGAAUUAUUUACAACAGUCCAUCAAGAUGAGAGUGAUGAAAUCGAACGCGCCAUCGAACUUGCCGACAAACAUUUGAAAACAUUACAACAAACUAUUGGCUCUGAAUUGGGUGAUUUUCUUGAUUUCAAUGAUGACAUGUUAAUGGACAAUGGCGACCUGUGUAAUGGAUCAACAGCCAAUAGUAUAUUGGAUACAUCAGCUUUAUUUAUCGGCGGAGGAGCUGCAACGGUUGGCGCAGUAGCAACAAACGCAACUCAAGGUGGUGGAGCAGUGAUAGGAACGGAUAUUAGAGGUUUAGUGCAAACGUAAAUUAAAGUUAACAUAAAGAAUAAACUAAAGAAGAAGAUGAAAAGAAGUUAUUUUAUAGUUUGCCUGGUGAGAAAUUCUUAUUUUUAAUUUAAUUAUAAUUUAAAAAAAACACGUAAUUGAUUAAUUUUAUUACUUUUAAAACAAUAUAUUUUCGAAUUUUAUUUGAAAUAUGAAAACAAUUAUUAUUAUUAUUAUAUUUUAUAUUUAAAAAAAAAAACAAAAUGUAAUAUUUUGAAAUUGUAUUUUUCUGUUAAAAACAAACGCUUAUUUUUCUCUAUUUCUUUUAAAUGUAAUUAUUGAAAAUAAUUUUUAAGAUUUUAAUGUGUGAAAAAAUAUAAAAAUAAUUAUAUGUAUUAUAAAAUAAAAAAAAAAUGAAAUUUUUAAGCUUAAAUGUUGUAAUUUAAAGAAACAAAACAAGCUUUUACAUUUAAACUUAAAAAAAAUAUAUAUGAAAUUUUUUAUAUUUUAAAAAUAUUUUACAAAACAAACAAAA